AUGGAGAGGAUACGCAAGCUUGUUCGGCGAAGAUCGUCGUACGAGCCGUUGGAGGGCGGUUCGGUCAGGCCUGACGGCGAGAGGAUCGAGGGGACGGAUAAAGAGCGGUUCUCAUGGCUGGAGUACUCGGUGUUCUUCCUGCUUGGGAUUGCUAUGCUAUGGGCCUGGAACAUGUUCCUCGCUGCCGGCCCCUACUUCCAGCGCCGCUUUCGAUCAGACGACUGGAUCUUGACCAACUUCCAGUCGGCCGAGCUCUCCGUAUCUACAGUAGCGAACCUGGGCUCGAUGCUCAUCCUCACCAAGCUGCAAGCCAAUGCCUCCUACCCGAAGCGAAUCAUGUCCGCCCUCGCUAUCAAUAUCGUAGCCUUCACCCUUCUCGCCAUAUCAACGCGGCUGUUCAUGGACAUAUCCGCAAGGGGCUACUUCGGUUUCCUUAUCGUGAUGGUCUUCGGUGCAAGUCUGGCUACCGGACUUUGUCAAAACGGCGUGUUUGCCUUUGUGUCAGGCUUCGGGCGUGAAGAGUAUACGCAAGCCAUCAUGACGGGUCAAGCGGUUGCGGGCGUGCUGCCAUGCAUCGCGCAGAUUGUCUCCGUGCUUUCGAUACCUGCAAAGCAUGCCGACAGUGACGUUCCUGUGGAGUCGUCGACAUCUGCAUUUGCCUAUUUCCUUACUGCUACGGGCGUCUCGGCCAUCAGCCUUGUCGCAUUCUUCUAUCUGCUGAGCAGACACAGUGCCAAACAGCGUCAUCAGAGCUCCGAUGAGAGCCUAGAUGACGAUGAAGAGACAGAGAGUCCCAAGCGAAGAUCCGUGCCUCUCAUGACCCUAGCCAGGAAGCUGUUCUGGCUGGCCUCCGCAGUGUUCCUCACGUUCGCCAUCACUAUGGUGUUUCCUGUCUACACGCAGGAGAUCCUAAGCGUACGCCCGCCUGCGGAAGCGCCACGCCUGUUUCAGCCAGCUUCCUUCAUACCCUUGGCUUUCCUCUUCUGGAACACAGGAGACCUAAUCGGCAGACUGCUGACAGCAGUGCCUGGACUUUCUCUCACGUCUCGCCCGCGAGUCCUCUUCGCACUCUCCAUUGCGCGAGUCGUCUUCAUACCGUUGUACCUGCUCUGUAACAUCCGUGAUCGUGGCGCACUGGUCAACAGCGAUACCUUUUACUUGGUAGUAGUGCAGCUGCUUUUUGGCAUCACGAAUGGUUACAUUGGUAGCUCGUGCAUGAUGGGUGCGGUCGAGUGGGUUGAUGUAGACGAAAGGGAAGCAGCAGGCGGGUUCAUGGGACUUUGCCUUGUCGCUGGACUUACCGUUGGAAGCCUGUUGAGUUUCUUUGCUGCAGGCGGAUGA